CGGCUUUCGCGACCGUGCCACUCCGACCAAACACCACGUGGCACGCGUUCGAGUUGCACGUGCAUUCGCGGAGCUGCGAGAGCCCGGUGCGCGCGCGAAAGCGGGCGCUUGCGAGAGAGCUUACGAGAGAGAGAGAGAGAGGGAGAAGAAGCUCGAAGUAACGCGAAGAUAUUUUCUCGUCGCCGGAGAACGCGUUUCUCCAAAAUCGCUAUUACGUUUUCGCGCGAAUCUCUUGAAUAGCUUCUUUCUCUAACACAUACCCUUCCACCCUCUCUACAUUGUCAUCCCCCCUGCUUUUUCUCACCCUUCUUCUCCGAUAUUUAUCUCUCUCUCUCUUUUUCAUUCCCCAUUCCCCUCCGACUUCAACGCGUUUUAUAUAAACGAUCGAUUGAGUCGUUGUCGUUAUAUUAUAUUACUGUGACGUGAAAGAUUUAGUCGUGCUUCGAGAAAUCUACUGAGAUCGAGUCCUCACUGAGAAUCAAGAGCUAUCGACAAAGACGUUUCAACGUGAGUCACGGACAAGGCGAUAAAAUGACUAUGGAUGGGAGCAAGAGCGAGUCGGGCAAGAACGGGGCCACUCAACAAGAAUGCGCGGGCUGUGGAAAGACGAUUACGGAAAGGUACCUUCUGAAAGCGUUGGACAUGUAUUGGCAUGAAGACUGCUUGAAAUGCGGAUGUUGCGACUGCAGACUCGGCGAAGUCGGCUCGACGCUUUACACAAAGGCCAAUCUCAUUCUCUGCAAAAGAGAUUAUCUACGACUUUUCGGAAAUACCGGUCACUGCGCAGCAUGCAGCAAAGUUAUCCCAGCAUUCGAGAUGGUGAUGCGAGCGAGAACUAACGUUUAUCAUUUGGAGUGCUUCGCUUGUCAACAAUGCAAUCAUAGAUUUUGCGUGGGCGACAGAUUUUACCUCUGUGAUAACAAGAUUCUCUGCGAAUACGAUUAUGAGGAGAGGCUGGUUUUCGCCAACAUGGCUCUGCAUCCUCCGCCUACUGCGACCUUGGCGCACAUCAAGAGACAAGUGACCCAUCUUCAGCCACCUCAGAACGUAGCCGCGGGUGGCCCUCAACGACAGGCGAACGGGGAAGCGGCCCAUAACCACAACGGAUAUCCAGCGCCAGCCAGCUCGAGCGCCCAUAACGUCCUGAACCCCAUGAAUAAUUUAAACGGUAUCAAUGCGCAAGCAUCGUACGAUGCCAAAUGACAAACGAAGUAAGCACCGAUAUAUCGAUUGAGUCGCGCGAUGGGGGAAGGGACGACUCGUGGAAUCUCGUGUCGUUCUCAUUGUCUUCGUGGUUUACCAUGUCGAUCGUUCAAACCCGUAAUUUUAGCAUGUAACUUGCGGCAAAUUGCGCGUAUAAUCGAAUAUCCCUUAACUAUCGAAAGAUAAGAUCGUUAAAUUAUCGAUAUCGUGCAAACGAUGAUAGGAAAGGUGUUACCGCGCAUAAAUAUAUAUUCGCAUUAUAUUAUAUAUUUCGCACGGGUCGCUUCUCGUCGCGAAUUAGACGAAGUUGAAUUCUCGUGUAAAUAAAGAAGAAAAAAUAUGAUAAUGUGUCAGCGAAGAGCGACGUGAAUAAGCGGCGUAGGAGUAUGUAUAAUUAAAAAAAUAUAAAACGGAUAACACAAGGACAUAUCGCGACGUUUUGUUAAAAGAGGAACAGGUAUAUAAAAUUUCCUAAAACUGACAAAAUUGCGGAGCAACUAUAUCUCCUAAUAUGUCAUCUUGUAUAUCAUUUGACAAAUGUGUAUUUUCCAGACGAAUUAUUAUUCCGUCUUUGAAUAUAGAUUCUCCAAUACAAGAUAGAACGUGAGGGAAGAAUAUAUAAAUCCGAAAUGUGUUUUUCGUUCUCUCACUUAAUUAGAUUCAUAUAUCUGAGACCUCGAAUGGACUCGUCUUCCCCACGCUCGACUGGCUAGACGAUAAAUAAGUAGAUAGAUAAAUAGAUAAGUAGAUAGUAGAUAGAUAACAAACAUCUAUUGGCCAAUUAUGGCAAAUUAUUGGUGCUCUUUAGAUUAUAAUUGAUCGAGUGUUUGCGCGAUCCAGUUUAAACAAAUAAAAAAACCGCUAAAACAAAUUACUAAGAAAAAAUAAAAAAAUAAAAAUAAAA